AGUUCUUUCUCUGGCCUCUCCGGCGGUGGCGCUGCACAAGAGAGAAAGAGGAAGGAGAUGGGCAGGACUUCCGCAACGUGGUGUUAAAUAAACGCACGUUGUCUCAGCUCCGUGUGUUAACACAACGUGUUUCAAUUUUGAGACAUUUCAACACGACAAAAUGAGCAAAGCAGGAAAAAACGGAGAUUGGUGUGAGGCCCGUGGUCUUGAACAGGAGAGAGAGAGGAAGGAGAUGAGCUGGUCGGAGCAGGUGGACCUUGCGUACCCCCUGGAAGAGUAUUGGUGUGACUCCAGUGAGGCCAGUGGCGAUGAACAGGAGAGAGAGAGGAAGGAGAUGAGCUGGGCGGAGCAGGUGGACCUUGCGUACCCCCUGGAAGAGUAUUGGUGUAACUCAUGCUUAAGACAUCCUCAUGAUUAUACGGAUGGCCACCAAAUUCCUGAGAAGAAAUCAGCUAAAAGGGAGAAGGAGGAAAGGAACAUGACAAGAAAGAUGGAGAUCUGGACCAGUGAGGCCAGUGAUGAUGAAAAGGAGAGAGAGAGGAAGGAGAUGAGCUGGUCGGAGCAGGUGGACCUUGCGUACCCCCUGGAAGAGUAUUGGUGUGAGGCCCGUGGUCUUGAACAGGAGAGAGAGAGGAAGGAGAUGAGCUGGUCGGAGCAGGUGGACCUUGCGUACCCCCUGGAAGAGUAUUGGUGUGACUCCAGUGAGGCCAGUGGCGAUGAACAGGAGAGAGAGAGGAAGGAGAUGAGCUGGGCGGAGCAGGUGGACCUUGCGUACCCCCUGGAAGAGUAUUGGUGUGAGGCCCGUGGUCUUGAACAGGAGAGAGAGAGGAAGGAGAUGAGCUGGUCGGAGCAGGUGGACCUUGCGUACCCCCUGGAAGAGUAUUGGUGUGACUCCAGUGAGGCCAGUGGCGAUGAACAGGAGAGAGAGAGGAAGGAGAUGAGCUGGGCGGAGCAGGUGGACCUUGCGUACCCCCUGGAAGAGUAUUGGUGUAACUCAUGCUUAAGACAUCCUCAUGAUUAUACGGAUGGCCACCAAAUUCCUGAGAAGAAAUCAGCUAAAGGGGAGAAGGAGGAAAGGAACAUGACAAGAAAGAUGGAGAUCUGGACCAGUGAGGCCAGUGGCGAUGAAAAGGAGAGAGAGAGGAAGGAGAUGAGCUGGUCGGAGCAGGUGGACCUUGCGUACCCCCUGGAAGAGUAUUGGUGUGACUCAUGCUUAAGACAUCCUAAUGAUUAUACGGAUGGCCACCACAUUCCUGAGAAGAAAUCAGCUAAAGGGGAGAUGGAGGAAAGGAACAUGACAAGAAAGAUGGAGAUCUGGACCAGUGAGGCCAGUGAUGAUGAAAAGGAGAGAAAGAGGAAGGAGAUGAGCUGGUCGGAGCAGGUGGACCUUGCGUACCCCCUGGAAGAGUAUUGGUGUGACUCCAGUGAGGCCAGUGAUGAUGAACAGGAGAGAGAGAGGAAGGAGAUGAGCCGGGCGGAGCAGGUGGACCUUGCGUACCCCCUGGAAGAGUGUGAGUUCAGAAUGCAGAUUUAAGAAGGACUGGAAAUAAUAUGAGACAGAGUAUAGCUAAGUUUCAGAUGUACUGGUGAUGUGUAAAGUUAUUUUUAGAAUAUGUGUAGUGUUCUAAGGUAUGAGAAAUGAUGGAGUAGGCAGAGCUU